AUAAGCAAAGACCGAGUACACUUUAUAUACGGGUACAACGAUAUUAAAUGUACUAGUGUCAACAAACGGUGUUUUGUACCGAUUAAAACAGAUGAAGAUAUUAAGCGAAACGAAUAAUAAAAUGUUCUAGUAUUAACAAACGGUGUUUUGUACCGGUUAAAACAGAUGAAGAUAUUAAGCGAAACGGAUAAGUUGCUCAAAACAGGACAAAUGGCAGUGCAUAGCAUUCCCAAGAUUCUCCUUAUCGCUGCCACGGUGAUCGUAUUCGCCCUAGUGACAGCGUUCAAUGCCCUGGGGGCCACGCGCAAUGGCGCAGGAGUGUUCCAGAACAAUACAGGCGCCAUCGCUAAUGCAUUCUACUUGGAGGUAACCCCGGCGGGCUGGACGUUUAGUAUUUGGGGGUUCAUUUACGCUUGGCAAGCCGCGUGGCUUCUGUACGCGGUUGUUACGAUAUUCCGGCGUAAAGUUGGGACAUACGUUUACCUAAUGUCAGUGUUUCCUUGCCAAUUAUUUAUUUUCUACAUUCUUAAUAACUUAGCAAAUGUCGGCUGGCUGUUUGCUUGGGAUAGGAUGAAACUAUACGUUGCACUGCCGCUAAUAGCGUUAACGCCAAUAACAUUGUACGUGAGUUUAGCGUACUCGUUUGGACGUCUGUACGCCAAUCUAGACUUCCUCACACGUAAUGCUCUGUACGUCGAUAUCUGGCUUAUUCGAAUGCUUAUUCAAAACGGUAUGGCGUUUUACGCAGCCUGGGUCACCGUUGCCACAUACAUCAACGUCGGACUGGUUAUGACGUAUAAAGACGGAAGUGACAUCAAUGACACCGCCGUAAGCCAAGACAUAUCGAGUACCGUUGUUCUAGUGCUCGUUUUGGUUUCCAUUUCGACCUGGAUGGCUCUGGAUUUGACCGUCCUGGACAAGUACACGCGAUACACGUUCUCACCCUACGUCACGUGGACGGUUGCCAUGGCAGGGGUCGUGCAGAAGAACUUUAACCUCGACACCGCCUACCGGAACUCCCUAUUCAGUGCGGCGCUAUUAGGGGUGGCGGCGACGUUAUUAGUUUGUAAGAUACCGUACAUGAUGUGGCGACAUUUUAAACAUCCUAUUCACCCACUCACAAACGAUUAUAAACCCACUAUUUAAGUGUGGAUAAACAUUAGAAUGUAUCGCAUUAUCAAAUACAUACGGAACAUUACGCUAGACAAUUGUUCCAAGAGUUAAUAUCACUCGAGUGGCUUGUGUGGUGACGUAUCACACGAGAGGCGGUCUCUCGAGUGUGAUGCGAAAUAGCACAAGCCACGAGAGUGAUACAAACUCUUGGAACAAUUGACUAGCGUAAUAUUCCUUUUAUUUUAUACAACAACUAACGAAAACAGUUAACAAUUGUAUUUUUUACUUUAACAAAACUGACAAAACAAUGACUAAAACGGUACGCCAUAGUUUAUUUAAUACGCGUUUGAAUUUGGUUUAUGUAAAUUAACGUGUAAACAUUCGAACCGGGAAACACAGGUUUCCGACACGCUUUCCAAUGUUUAAAACAAUUAAGUUGACAACUUUAAUCCAAUGUUUAAAUAACAAAAAACGUUGAAACAAUAUGCACUUCCACUUGUAACUUCCAUGUCUUUAUCGAAACUUAGUUUAAACCACACUAUUUUAUUGUAUUCCUAUCGAUAUAUACAUUUAUGCAAUGAUAAACACACACUCCAAAAUACCCUAUGAAUUCGUUCGAUGUUUUUAACAAAUAGUUUACUGUUAAAAAACACCACGUCCGACAAGUCCUUAAAUUUCAUAGAGUUAAGAUAAAACUUUCGUGUUUCGUCACAGAAAUGACGUCAAACGAUGUACUACGUAAUAUAUUUCGUAAUAUAAUUUUUUUCUAUAUUUGGUGCGCGUAAUGUGACGUCAUAAAAUCGGUCGAAGUAGUCCGGCUAGUAUGGAAUUGGAAACAGCGAGUAGCGUAAUACAAGAUUUUUUAUUUCAACGAUUGAUACAACCUAUAUUUUGUUAAAAGCACUAAACAGGUAUAUAAUAAAUAUGCUGAUGAUG